AUGGGUUCCGUUGUCAUUCCUCACCUCGUCACUGCCUGGCACGUCGACCAGGCUAUCCUGUCCGAAGACGAACGACUGGUGGUCAUCCGCUUCGGUCGCGACUGGGAUCCCGACUGCAUGCGCCAGGACGAGGUGCUCUACAAAGUCGCCGAACGCGUCAAGAACUUUGCCGUCAUCUACGUCUGUGACCUCGAUCAGGUUCCCGAUUUCAAGCAGAUGUACGAACUCUACGAUCCUGUCACCCUGAUGUUCUUCUUCCGCAACAAGCACAUGAUGUGCGAUUUUGGCACGGGCAACAACAACAAGCUCAACUGGGUGCUGGAAGACAAGCAAGAGCUCAUUGAUAUUAUCGAAACAAUCUACAAAGGGGCCAAGAAGGGCAGGGGCUUAGUGGUUUCGCCAAAAGACUACUCGACCAGAUAUCGGUACUAA